UUCUCCUCCCGUCCUCUUUGUACGUGCAUAAGUGCACACACGUGUCUUGGUGCAAGCUGGAGUAAUGUCCAUUAAAUUCUCCAUUUUCUUAUCUAUCUUGUUCUUCGUACAGUUUAAUGGGGUUAACAAUUGGCUACUCGAUAUCAUAAAUGUCAUUUAAUCAAGUAUAGUACAUAUGAUACUGUAUCUGGAGAGUUUGAUUGCUUAGGUGAUCAAACUUCUGUUAAAACAACACCUUGGCUUCUUGGACCUGUGGCCUGCACUUGCCAGUCAGGAUAGAAUCAUUUUGUGCUUUGGGUACCAGAGGGGCCCACAAGGGAGCCUCACUCUACCACCUGGCCCAAGGGACUAAGUCAAUCAGAGUCGGUUAGUCCUGCCAAGCCAAUAUCCUAGGCCAAUCAGGAUUAACCCUUUUUAUUUAAACAAGCCUUACUCUGUUAAAAAUCCUAGAUAUGAGUUAUAUUAAUGAGCUGUACUCAGUUAUGAGUCCUAGAGAUGAGUUGAACUUGGCACUAUGGAAACCCAUAGGGGGUAGUCUGUUCAGGUUGCAAGGUGGACGGGAUAUCCCACUUUGCUGCUGUGCCGCCCGGCGAAAAAGCCCGCAAAACUGCCGCCGGGCUGACUGCGUUUUCAACAGCAGGUUCAAGCGGACACGCCGCAUAACCGCGUCAGUGCGUCACCCCGCCUCUCUCAGAAAAAGAACUACUCUCUCCGGAUGGGCCGCCCUUUCCUCCGACCUCACGCCGCCCUGGACGAGAACAUGUAAACCCCAACGGCGAGCACCUCGUGGGCUGGGCCUAGUAGGUGCGCAUGAGCGGGAACUGGGCGGCCUCUUCUCCGGCUUCGACUGCACCAUGGUCUUCGUGCGCCAGGAAGAGGACUCCUGGAACUCCAUUGCCACCGCCGGCCGCUCGACGCUCAUGGGCAACUGUCUCCUAGUCCUCGCGCUCAUUGAGGGCGCCGGCCUCAUGCUUAACCGCGACCUCGUCCCGCCUUAGAACCUCCGGCCACUCCCAACCGACAACCCCAACUUGGUGGCUUCCUAGGGAUGCCCCAGCCAGCCGUGUUCCCUGGGGAGGAUGCGAGCUCAGCUGGUUCGGGGGUUUCUUCUGCAGGAAGGAGGAGAAGAAGAAGCCCAAUGGCAGUGGCGCAAGUAGGAGAUAUUACAGAGCUUUGAGACGCCCAGCCCUCUGAUGGCAUCAUUCCGACUACAAGUGAAGCUAGUUCUUCUGAAUGGAAAGAAUUGGUCUUGCUACAAAGUUGUACAUACUUGCUUCUACAGUUGUGAAUGUGAACGUUGCUGUUCCGAGAACGAUUCAUUGCUGGCGGGUCUUCGGCGGGCUCCUGCGGGCUGCCGCGUUGUCCCCGGAAAAUGAAGCGGUGCGAGGCGGGCAGCCGCGGUGGCCGCUAAAAAAGCUGGCUCCCGCUUUGGUGUUUGGCGGGCAGCCGCAUCCCGCCCCACCUGCAACCUGAUAGUCUGUCGAAGCAAGCAAGUAACUAACAGGAUUGUUCUCUCAUUUUGCCGUGCCCUCUCUUGUUUAAUCUCAUCCUGACGAGCUAAUCCUGCCUUAUAAACUCAAUUUCCAUAGAUCAACUCAUACAAAUAAUUUCUUCAUGCAAACACAAAGCACACUUUGUGAUGGCAUCUGUGGCUUGGGUUAAUGUUCAAAAGGCACACAGCGGACAUAGCCAAAAGCCCGAAACAAGAGUUAAGAUAAACAGACCUGUGAUGUGCAUUUUUGUUUCAAAAUGAUCGCACAAGAUCCCACGUCUUCACUUUCUCCAGUUAUUGAAUUUUUGCUCCGAAAUCAGUAGUGUACACUUGAUGGCAACUCCUUGCUCUGUAUUAUGCCAAAUGCACGGGAUACUAAAGGAUUU